UCCGGUUUCUUCUUCGCGGACUUCUGGUGACUUGACGCAGGCGCCGCUGCUGCUGCUGUCGUCAACCUGCAGCAUCAGAAAACAACAGGCUAAAAACAGACUGGCGUAUCCCGGUGAAGAUGGUGGCCAAACAGAGGAUCCGCAUGGCCAACGAGAAGCACAGCAAGAACAUCACUCAAAGAGGAAACGUAGCCAAGACGCUGCGGCCACAAGAAGAGAAGUAUCCAGUGGGUCCCUGGCUGCUCGCCCUCUUUGUGUUUGUUGUGUGUGGAUCAG